CCGGAGCUCUUGCAGAGGGAAAAAUUCACCGCAAGCAGAGCACCUUCUAGAUUGCUCCUGGAGUGUGGAGACAGAAGUCUCUGCUGUCCAAGUUACUGAAUCCAGAAAAAAAAAAAUGACCUUAUGAACAUGGGAAAAGAAAUCCAGCUAAGGCCCAAGGUGAAUGUCUCUUCUUACAUCCACUUUUUGCUGAAUUACAGGAACAAGUUCAAGGAGCAGCAGCCAAAUACCUACCUUGGCUUUAAAGAGUUCUCUAGAAAGUGUUCAGAAAAAUGGAGGUCCAUCUCAAAGCACGAAAAGGCCAAAUAUGAAGCUCUGGCCAAGCUCGACAAAGCCCGGUACCAGGAAGAGAUGAUGAAUUAUGUUGGCAAGAAGAAAAAGCGGAGAAAGCGGGACCCCCAGGCGCCCAGACGCCCCCCAUCAUCCUUCCUGCUCUUCUGCCAAGACCACUAUGCCCAGCUGAAGAGGGAAAAUCCGAACUGGUCAGUAGUGCAGGUGGCAAAGGCCUCGGGGAAGAUGUGGUCUGCAACAACAGAUGCUGAAAAGCAACCAUAUGAGCAAAGAGCAGCUCUCCUGAGAGCCAAAUACCAAGAGGAACUGGAAAUCUACCGUAAACAACGUAUUGCCAGGAAGAGCCUCCAAGGGUCAGCUAAGAACCAGUGCAGAGGGAAAACUGACUCGGACAAAGCUGAUGGAUCCAAUUAGAAAUAAAAUGCCAUUCAACUGUA